CCCAGGUCUGAGACUGCAUAGCACCUCAAAUGGCCUGAUUUCUAUUUUGAUCAAAUUUUUAAAAAAGUGUUUCCAAAGGGUCAACAUACACACACUAUUCCAGAGGCAACUGUACCACUUUUAAAAGGUCUUGUAGUAAAGAUAAACAUCUCUUUGCCACUGCUACUGCUUCUAGGCUUCAGAUCUGUUUGUUGCCAAGUUACUGCCUUUGUUCAUGGGACAAGCCAUCCCGAGAAAUCAUUAAUCCAUGCCCAGCCUUGUCUUAGUUCCUUGUUCCUUGUUCCUUCUACUGGCAAGAGUAAAGUGCACUGAACAGAAACUAGAGAAAUACAACCUGCAGCCAUGGGCGAUGGCCAGGAAAGCAGUUAUGAGAGGAGAGAAUACAAAGCAGGUAUGUGGUGGUCUUUUCCCCCUAUAGAUUGCUGGUUUGAUCUGGGACUGAUUGGUCGCAAAAAUCCUCUAGCUUUUGAAAUCUCUGGUUACUCUACCACUGUCACCGCCUGAUCUGGAAGCAUUGUGUGCUUCUGCAAACGGAAUCCUGGAAGGGGUUGGAAUGCGAUUUAAUUAAAAGCAUAUCUGAAAGCGAGAGAAUGGAAUCAGCUUCCAUUUGCCGGGCCACUUUAAAAAAAAAAGACUUCUGAGGAAAACUCAUCAGCAGUUGGGGAACCUCUGGUUCACUAUAAUCGACUUUUCAGGAAGGGGAUGGUAUAAACAUAUCAGGCCCUCUUAAGGAGAGAUGCUGUGGAACAUGACAGCGAGCAUAUAGAUAGAAUCUGGGGCCUUCUAGUGAAGGGCAUGUAAUGGUAAUAAUAACAGCCCCAGAGCUACAAUUAAUUAAUUAAUUUUAUAAUGAAUGAUUUUAGAGUGUUGUUUGUGCUGUACUUUUGUACUGUUUUAUUGUUGUUAGCCGCCCUGAGCCCGGCUUCGGCUGGGGAGGGCGGGAUAUAAAUAAAAUUUAUUAUUAUUAUUAUUAUUAUUAUUAUUAUUUAUUCCCAGAGUGGCUUAACAAUCCUCCUUCACAGGGAAAUGGGAACUGUAGCCAUGGGAGGGGAAUAAGGAGGUCUCUGAACAAUUCUCAGCACCCUUAACAGUUCCCAGAAUUCUUUGGGGAAGCCAUGACUGUUUAAAGUGGUGCCAUAAUGUUUUACAUGUGUGGUGUCAGUGUGGCCUAGAAGGGGUCAGCAAACUUUUUCACUAGGUCCCUCAGACCUUGUGGGGGACCGGACUAUAUUUUUUUGGAGGGGGGAUGAAUCCUAUGCCCCACAAAUAACCCAGAGAUGCAUUUUAAAUAAAAGCACAUAUUCUUCUCAUGUAAAAACACCAGGCAGGCUCCACAAGUAACUCAGAGAUGCAUUUUAAAUAAAAGAAGACAUUCUACUCAUGUAAAAAUACGCUGAUUCCCAGGCCAUCCACGGGCCAGAUUUAGAAGGCAAUUGGGCCGGAUCCGGCCCCAGGGCCUUAGUUGCCUACCAAUGGCGCCUAGAUAGUAUGUUGGAUUUUUCUAUAUGCAUGCAUUGAUAUCUGGCGCAGGGUGCAUUGAAAAUGGGCUGCUGCUUCCUGAGCCAUGAAUGCCUCCCGUCUUAUUCUGCUUCCUCUCUCCAGGGUCCAGCUGGGGUCGCCAUGGCCCGCCAUCUCUCUAUCUCCAGCUGCCAAGCAACCAGACACUGCGUUUCCGUGGCAACAAGGCAGCGGCCUGGGGAGCCGCUUGGGAGGGGGCAUCCAAACCUGAGGUUGACCCUCAGGAACUUGUCCCGGAAUUUGUAGGAGGGGAGGAAGAGGAAGACAGCAAGCCACUGAAAGAGCUGCCCCUCUGCCUUGAGGAGAAACGGAAGCUCAGGUAGUGCCAGGACGCCUGGGUCCUUGAGAAGGGGGUGAGGACUGAUACUCAGAAAACCUAAGGUGCUGCAGGCUUGGGCAACCUGUGGCCCGAGGGCACAUGCAACCCUCAGCUUAAUUUAAUGUAGAUGUUGACCUUAUCUGCAUACACACCAUAACAUUUAAAGCACAUUCCCCUCCCCAAAGAAUCAUGGGAACUGUAGUCUACCCCCUCACAGAGCUACAAUUCCCAGCACCCUGAAUAUCAAAUGGGCGUGACAGAAAAAGAGGGAGGAAAAAAGGAGAUGGCCCCGCCCACUUGUGGUUCUGACCAAACCUUUUUUCUCUGGCCCUUCCCCACCAUCUGUAUACAGCCCCUGACAGGAAAAGAAGACCCCAGGUUUUCCAAACAUUCUCAUGGGGCAGAGAAAAGGGAAGCAAGAACAUCUGGGAAAGAGAAUAAGUGUUUGAUGAAAUUCUUCUAAAAGACAGGUGUGCCCAGUUGGGGAGGGACACAGGUUGCAAGGGGAGGGUGCUACACAGCGACUAAUGCUUAAUCUAUAGGUCACAGCCACAUCCAUGUGAAGCACACGGCUUUCUCCAAAUAACUGCGAACUGCACUUUGUUCACUGGGAAAUGUUGGGAAGUGCUCUGUGGAGGAAACGACAGAUCCCAGGGUCCUUUAGGAGAAGCCGUUUGCUGUGUGGAUGUGGCCUCCGUGACACAUUUGUGUGGAAAAUUAAUUCACAUGUAGAGAAGCUGAGGGGCAGCGUUUAAUAGCGUUUUGAGAUAUGGUGCUGUAUUAGUUCAUGUCAACGCUCUGAGGUUCCCAAUAAGCCACCUGGGCUCUUUUCCUCCUCCCUGAUCCUCCACCCCUUUUCAAGAGUUCUUCAGGAGCAAGCAGCCAGCAGGCUGAGCGGUUGGGAGCUCUGGCAUGUGUGGAAGCGGAGGACACUCCGGCGUGUGAGGAGCCAAGCAAGCUCAGCAGUCGCCUAUGGAGAGAUGUGGAGGAGCACGCUUCGCCACAUUGGAGGUACGGGGAAGGGGCUCUUAAAUGUUUAGUGGUGAGGGGGACAGAGUAGGACAUGUUUUGUGUUUCAUGGGCUCCGACUUGUCAUCUUCUCUCCGCACAGGCCAGUUUGGAACAGGGAUCCAGUCCUACUUUAACUUUCUCCGUUUUUUGGUCUUGAUGAAUUUUGUUGCCUCCCUGCUGGUGGCGGGGUUUGUGAUUGCUCCGAAUGCGGCCUUUGAAGCCUUGUCGCUCAAUCGGACAAGUCACCAGAACAGCAGUUUAGGUAAGCCAUUGAGUAAGGAGGGAUCCUGAUUAAGGUAAGGAGUUAUUUAACUCUUCAGCAGGAGCUGGGCUUCCAAGGUUUAUUGAGGCAUGACAUUUCUCUUCGAACAGGACUCCUGUGCCUUGGACAGCUGUGUAGGAGGCAGAAGUUAAACAGGUGUAGCUUCUCCAUCACAGCAUUUCUGUGGUGUGUGACCUGGUGUAUUUCUAAGCCUGUCAUGCUUGUCAAAAAAAAAAUUUAAAAAAAUUACACCCCACUAGGAAGGGGAAUGGAGCUAAGAGGGUUGAAUCACGGACUCCAGGAACCAGUUCUGUAGAAGGGAAGGAAACUAAUUUUAUUAGAAAAGGGGUACCACAAGCUCAGAUACUUUGGUCCUGGUCUUGUUAUUUUCUUUUUGAGCCCCUAGGCAGGAAUGCGUUAUGCUGCACUCAAAUAAAGCAACUCACCCCUCAAACUCUGUAACAAAGAGACCUUAUUUUUGCAUUCAAAAAUAUAUUAUGCAAACACUAAUUAUGUUUCCACAUAGUUACCUUGUUCUCCAUGAUUUAUUGAGUUUUUCUGAUUCAGAUCUGAAAUAAUGGAAGCAGACAUCUGUUGUGUGUGCAUGUGUUACGGUGAUGACAUAGAGGAAAAGGAGUAGUAGGAAAGUAUGGAAACAUCUCUGUGACACUAAGGGCUAGGCACUUAUUCUAAAAGUUUGAAGCUGAGCUUCUCCAGAUCCUCCGUCCCCAGGAAUAUAUGCGAGAUAUUGCACCUAUCUACCAAAUCCACGGAAUGUACAGCCCUAUUCUUAAAGCAGAUCAAAGUAUCUCCCUUUCCACCCUAUCGGAUCCCAGGACUCUUGGGUUCACCAAGAGAUUAACAGGGUCUAACAGGCUAGAGUGUAAUAGGCUUCAGGACUCCUUGAUUCUGUGGGAAUGGGAAUGGAACAGGGACAAUGAUCUCUUCUUUCUUCCCUUUCAGUGAAUGAAGCUUGUCUGGCUUACAACCCCACACCCAGAGGCUUGGUCAGCUUUUUUUCCUACCUAAUGGACCUUCUGUCAGGCAAGGUGAGAGGCUGUAUCCCCAAGAAGAAACUGUGGAAGGCUGCAGCAGUGACCCAUUUUCAGACUUGGUGUUCAUUUCUCUCCCUGACAGAGUUUCAUGGAGCUCACCUACCUCUUCUACGGCUACUACCAAAAUUCAGCUGUCGAUUUUGUCGGCUUCUCAUACAACUGCCCUCUGGCGUAUGUACUGACAGCACUCUUCUACCUCCACUUCUCCCUGAUGUGGAUUGUACGGAGGUGAGGGCAACUUCAAGUCAUCUUCCACACACGCCAGACAGAGCUCCAGCUCCAGGAAUCACCUUCUUUCUCUCCUACCCACCUUCCAUAGAUCAGUCUAUUGCCUCAAACGUAGCCUGGUUAGUGAAGAUGCUUCCCUCGGAUCCUACAGCAACAAAGUCUUUGCCGGUUGGGAUUUUGGGCUGGUGGAGCGCAAGGCGGCACAGUUAAAGCACAACAGUAUUCGCUACGAACUGCGGGUAAGACAAAGCAGGCAAGCCAGAAAAAGAGCUCGAGGCUUGCUAGUUGGCACUUAGGAUUUGAUUUCAGGGGUCUAGUACAAGGUCUACUCAUGGCCUCAAGGCAAAGAUGUAGAACAAGGAUGGGGAACUGGAUCUGGCCGUCAGGAUAGAUCAGGCAUAGGCAAACUCAGCCCUCCAGAUGUUUUGGGACUACAACUCCCAUCGUUCCUAGCUAACAGGACCAGUGGUCAGGGAUGAUGGGAGUUGUAGUCCCAAAACAUCUGGAGGGCCGAGUUUGCCUAUGCCUGGGAUAGAUCAUUAUCUCCUCCACCCACUGUGGACCAACUUUGACAGGUGAGCAGCAGCACCCAUCUGUCAGUCACCUGACAUCACCGUGAUGUCACACAUGAUGUCAGACAUAGGGCAAGUAGGUGUGGCUUGGCUGAAACGGCCUGGUGGGCCAAAUGGGGAACCUGGUGGGCUUAAUUAGGUUUUCUCCUCCUUUGGCUUAGAUCCUCCCUCACCUGCUUUGCUCCAGCCCUAACGGGAGGAAACCCAAAGCUCAUCUCCCAGAAUUCCCACGUCACACGUAGCUUGAUCCUAUCUCUUCCUAAUUCCAGUGACAAACUGUUCUCUGCCUGCUACCCUCAGCUAGAGAUUUGUCACCUUUCCUGAAGUCUACUUCAGGGAACCUGUGCCACCACCUCUGAUUUGUUGGAUUCCAGCUCUUGUCAGCCCUAGCCAGUAUGAACAGUGGCCAAGGCUGACGAGAACAGGGAUCCAAUGACAUCUGGAGGGCCAAAAGCUCCUCAUUCCUGGUCUAAUGGGUGCCUCCCCAGACAACUGGAGAGAGAUUCCUGCCAGAGUCACUUGAGCUGAUGAAACAUCAAUUGUUCCUUCUGGGGUUAUUUGCCUAACAAAGCUGGUAAGUAGCCACCAACUUUGUUAGGCAAAAUAACUCCAGUACUACAGUAAUUUGGUCACUAAAAAUGGCAGCUAGGGUUGCCAUCUCCCACCCCACAUCCCCUCAAGCUCCAGUGCUUUUCAACAGCUCUGUCAAGAGGGUGAAAUUCAACAGGUGUAGUUUUCUACCCAGUUCUACUUUGCAUGCUGCACACUAUGCUUGUUGAAAUUUCUGCCUAGUUUGGUGUUGGUUAAAAGCUACCAGAGCUUCACCAAAAAGGUGGCAAUGUUAAGUACAUUUGCCUUCUUAACUCCCCAUCGAAGCACUGCUUUUUAGCAGUUGAAUGGCAGGCAGAAAUUCAACAGAGGCAUCUUCUUCAUCUGCAUCUGGCUUUAUUGGAUUUCAGCCUGCUUUCCCCCCCGCCCUGUGCUGCAGGGUGGGACAGCUGAAAGCUGCUAAUUGCAUUUCAGCUUUUGACAAGACUUGCUAGCAACACAUAGAACAAGCACUGUGAUGGCUUUUUUUUUUUUUUUUGGUCCCUGGAGUUAACUAAUAUCCAGAACAAAUGAAGAUUUGGAUAGGAACAAUCUCACAGGAGAUGCACACUGCUUAUCCCUGCCCCACCCAAAACCCUAGGGUGCUCAAGGGUCUCUUUCUCACCUCUUCCUCCCCAUUUCCAGAUGGAUCUAGAAGAGGAGGCAGUUCGCAGGCGCCAGGCAGAGAUGACCACGGCACAGCGCAUCAGGCUCUAUGUCCUCCGUGGGGUGCUCAAUAUUCUGGUUGUGGGUCUGCUAGGAGGAUCUUUCUACUGUAUCUACCUGGCAGCGACAUAUUCCCAGUCACUUCUGGGAGGGGUAAGGAAACGGCUCUCACUUCACACGCAGGAGGCUGUGACGGUCACUAACUUGGAUGCCUCUAAAAGAUGAUUAAGCAAAUUAAUGGAGGAGAGGCUAUUGAUGGCUAUUAGCCAUUAUGGCCAUGCUUUGUCGCCAUGUCAGAAGCAGAAAUGCUUCUGGAUACUCGUUGCUUUAAACCAUAGGCAGGAAGACACUCUUGUGCUCAAAUCCUGCUUGCUACUUUCCCAUGGGCUACUGUGAGAACAAGAUGCUGGACUAGGUGGGCCAUUGAACUGGUCCAGCAGGCUCUUCUUAUGUUCUUAAGCUGAGGCAUGUGGGUGAUAUUCCUGGGUUGACUCAGCACCAUAGCUGUCAACUUACAGAUUUGAAAAUAAGGGACCAGCAGCCUCAAAAAUAAGGGAUCAGCAGCCAAAAUAAGGGAUUUUCCAGGCACAGGUAUGUUCAAUUUCUGAGCCCCUCUGAGCCAAAGGCAGAAAGCCCAGCCAGCAGCCAAACGAAGCCUCAAGUGGUGGUUCCCACAGCGCAGCAACCCGGCAAAGGGGAUGCAGCAAAGAAAACCACCAUCCCCUCUCUGCUGGGAAGCGCUGAGCAAAGGCGAGUCCCCAGGCAACGUGGCCGGGCACAAGUCAUGCAAGCUCCACCCCCCAGUUGUUCUUAGGCUCCUUAUUGGGUGAGCAACACAGCCAAGCAACACAGUUGGAGCCUCCCUCUUCCCUGGCUGGCAGGGAGGGAGGGAGAGGAGCUGCUUCCUUUGAAACCCUGUAAAUUUAAGGGACAUCAUCAAUAAGGGACAGCAGCAGGACAUGGCGCUGGGAUAAGGGAGUUUCCCGCCAAAUAAGGGACGGCUGACAGCUAUUCUCAACACUAGCCUUCCCAUUGUCUAGAUGAACAGUCCAAGUACUGGGGGUGGGGGGGUGGACUGAGAUUCUGCUUGCAAUGGCUCUGUGUCUUUAACAGCUGCACAGCAGGCAGAAAUUCAGCCAGCAUAGCUUUGCCCAUUGGUGCCUCAGUACCUGCCUACUGAAGUUGUGCAUGUAUGAAGCCCGGUUUCUCACUCUCGGAGAAGGCAGAUACAAACCUUGUUCCAUUUCUCACUGCAGCCUUCUUGCCCCCAGAUUAACCUCUCUCUUUCUCUCUCAUUCUGCAGACAGACUCCCAAGUCAAAGGCCAAUUUGUCCUGGAGCUUCUGGUGGCUUAUCUCCCAUCGGUUGUCAUCACAGCUGCCAACCUCAUUGUCCCAAUGAUCUUUGAGAUCAUUGUUCAGCUAGAGAAAUACCCGCUCAGCUUCCAAAUCAAAAUCACGCUUCUCAGGUACAGGAAGUGCUGAGUCCUUGGGAGUGCCUGAGACACACCAGCCUCCUCUUGCAGAGGCAACUGUAGCUUCCACCUCUGAGUGACGGACAGGACUGGAUUGAGCAUCAUGCUACGCAGGCUAUAGGGUGGGAGCCAAGGCCAUCAGUUCCCCUUAGUGAACAGUAGGGAGCCUGUCUGGAUCACAGUAGCCCCUGAAUUAUUUUCAGCUCUGUUCUGAAUCAUAGCCAGGGCCAGAUUAACAAUCAUGCUAAGUAAGUUGCAGAAUGGGUGCCAUUUACAAUGUUUCUGUGAGAUCUCCAUUGUCAGCCAUUGCUUCCUGCAGUUCCUGAAUUCUCUUUGCAGGAACUGUACCAUCAUAGCCCAGGGAUCAUGCCUGGCUAGUGAAGUCAGGCACUAGUUGAGGGCUGGGUUGGCUUCAGGGGCCUGAGACUAGGCCCUGAGUGGGGCAGACGGUCAGUUCAUGCUCUCAUUUUGCAUCAGGCUCAUUCAGGCUGCAGGCAGCAAGGGCCAACAGAGCUGGAACAUAACAAAAUUGCAUCAUACUGUGAGUCUGACCAUGGGUCCAUCUAGCUCAGUGCUGUCUACACAGACUGGCAGCAGCUCUCCAGGGUUUCUGAUGGAACUCUUGCAGCUUUACCUAGAUUUGCCAGGGACUUGAACUUUAGAAGACCAGGAACAGGCCAUCUCUCCCCCACCCACUCACCAUUUUCCAUGGUCAGUUGGCAAACCUACAUAUCAAUCUUUCUGUCUGAUAGGAGCGUCUUCCUCCGUCUUGCAAGCCUGGUGGUUCUUCUCAUUUCUCUCUGGAGCCAGAUCACCUGUGGUGGAGAUCCACAGAACCCUGAGUGUCAGAAAUGUGGCUAUAACAAUCAUCUCCAUCCGGUGAGGUUAGAGGGAGACAAGAGGUUUGGAGCCAAGACUCCUGAGUUCUCUGGGUGGAGAAUGAGUGGGCUAGAAAUCGGGAUGCCUUAGUUCCCUAAGAGGAGCUAGAAUUCAGCUGGCAACUGCAAGAGGUGGUCCUUCCCUUGCGGGGGCAGAAUUUUGUCCAGCAGGGUAGGGAUCAGGAACCAUGAUAUGAAAGUUUAGGUAGCUUAGAGAAAGGGCUGUUCUCAACUAUGAUUCCUCAAUUACUGUAUAUGGGAGAGAAAUUGUGGGGCUCUUUGAAUGGAGCAGAGGGGAAAUAGAUAGUUAUAAAAUAAGAUAAAAAUAUUGAGUGUUUUCCCUCCUGUCCUUCCAGUGCUGGGAGACCUCUGUGGGGCAGGAAAUGUACCGGCUGAUGAUCUUUGACUUGCUUGUCAUGCUGCUUGUCAUGCUGUUUGUGGAGUUUCCAAGAAAGUAAGUGUUUGAUACCCCCCCAUGUUAGGUUUACUUGCUUUCUUAUAUCCCACCCUUUGACUAGAGUCCUCAAAACGACUCCCAAUGUUUAUAAAAUACAAUUGACACACCAUGGACCAUAUGCUAAAAAACCCCCACUACAACCAGCCCCAAUGGAACAAGUGUCUCCCCAUCUGAUGUGCUUUCCCACACAGCAUUGGUAUAAUAACAUGGCCAGCAUUAAAUCACUUGGUUUGGAGAUUUGUUUAAUUUGGUGGUGGGGCUUAUAGUGGGGGACAGCUUUUGUGUCCCUUCCUUCCUUCCUUCCUUCCUUUGUAUGUGUUUAGUUUGGCCUGCCAGCUGAGAACGGAUUGUUUCCACACCAAGAAUUCCCAUACUGUGUGUUAUUUCCUCACUUGAAUCCAGUGGAUUCACUCUGUGGAAUCAAGUCAACAUUGUUGCCCUCUGACUGUAUUCCAUUGCUUUUGUGUUGUUCUCCUAUCUUUCUUCAAACCUGCUUUCUCUGCCUUUCUUUCAUUUAAAAUGCAGUUACAGCACCAACCUGUUCUAUGUUCUAACAAAAUGCUAUUGAAGCUCUUAAGGGUUACUGUGGCUUUAAGGAGCAACUUCCUCCUUACCCCCACUUUCCUAUUGAGCAUGGUAAUAACAUUGCCCGAUGACAGCUUUUUAAUAGCUUCCUAAUUAUAAGGGGAGAAGUGGGGGAGCUUCCAUUACUGAUUUCCCCUCAUUAUUAUUUUCUUUUCAUGUUUAAAUUAUGAGAUAGAGCUCUGUUGAAAUAAAACUAGCAAUAAUAAAGUCUGCUACAUCCCAAGACAGGAGUCAGAAUGCACCAUCAGACUUGAUGUCAUCCCUGUGUUUGUGUCAUGUAAUAAAUUACUUUGGCUGCAGUCCUAUACCCUUACUGGGAGUAAGCCCUGCAGAACCCAGAGGGACUUGCCUUUUGAACACAUGCGUUUAGGAUGGCGUGAUUUUCCACACAGAGUAAUUAAAAUACAAACAAUAAUGUUGGUUUGUUUUUGUUUCUUCUUCCCACUCCCCACAUCUGUUAUGCUGAUGUUUAGGCCCUUCUAUCCCACACUAACCUCAUUCACUCAGGCUCCGAAAAUCUGAAGCAAGAAAGGCUCAAAAGCAAUUUUAGUAUUUUGUAUGAAAACGGCGUUUUCCUAGCAUGCAUCCCUGCCUCAGUUCCUGUACCCGCCAGUGCUGUUUAAAACUUGUAUACAUUUCAGAAUAAUUAGCAUACUAUAUAAUAAAACCAUUCCCCACCACCACCCUUGGGAAGAUGCAAGCCUAGCUGAGUGUAUAGCAACCAAGGGUGCCAACUUGAAUAAAAUAUUUGGGAGGCUCACUUCGCGAUCACAAUACUCUGUGUGCAUACAUCAUUUGAAUGGCAGUGCCCAUUAACUUUGCGGGAGCUUAGCCCCCUCAAAUGUUGUUUUUUUUAGGGUGCUCAGAGGGAACUUGGCCCCUAGGAGUUGGCUCCUACGAUAGCAACAGAGUCCUGGGCACCAGUGGUGUAGCAGGUAGGAUGUUCUACCUGCUAGGUAGACCUAGGAAGACCUAGAUUCCUAUCCUACCAUGGCCAUGAAUCUCAGUGGCCUUGGGCCAAUCACACAGGUUGUUAUCGUCAACUUAACUUCUACUCAAGAGUAGGCCCACUGAAAUGAAUUACGUUAUUCAUGCUCAUUAGUUUCAAUGGGUCUCCUCUGAGUAGGACUAACACUGGAUACAGCCCUUUCCCAGUUUUCUUCAACCUUAGGUUCCCAAAUAUUGCUAGACUUCAACUGCUGUCAUCCCUGACCAUGGGCUAUACUUACUGUGGAUGAUGGGUGUUGUUGUCCAACAACAUCUGAGACACCCAAGGUUGAAGAACACUUGGACUUAGCCAGACCUACUUCACAGGGUUGCAGCAAGAAUAAAAGGAGGUGUGGGGUGGACCAUUAUUUGCCACUUUGAGCUUCCCGGAAGAAAUCUGUAGUAUAAAUGGAAUGAAUGACUGGAGGAACAGAAGAGCACGUAUUUGUGGCUGGGCUGCAGGUGUCAGAUGCCGCCUGUGGGAUCCAUGCCUGCCUUCAGCUUCUUUUCUUUGCCUUCUAGGUUGCUGGUGACUGCCUUCCCUACCUGCCGCUUGCUGAAAUUCUGGGGGCAGCAGGAGUUUGUGGUGCCUGGCAAUGUCCUGGACCUGGUGUAUGGGCAGACCCUGUGCUGGACGGGGGUUCUUUUCUGCCCCCUGCUGCCUGUACUCAAUACCAUCAAGUAUAUUGUAGUCUUCUACUUGAAAAAGGUGACCCUCAUUUAAAAGUUAUGAAUGUUCUCUGGCUAUGAACUGGGCAACCUUAGUUGCAAAGGAUUCUGGGACAUGUUCUAAGUGGCACACUUAGUUCAGUGCGCCAUCUGGUCAGGCCUUCAAGGAUCACAGCGGGAGGGUCUCCUGAGCUCUUUUACAUUUUCUUCCAUCUUCCUUCCAGCUAACCCUCUAUGCCAAUUGUCGUCCGGCCGAACGGACGUUUCGUGCCUCCAGCUCCAACUUCUUCUUCCUGUUGGUUUUGCUUUUGGGUCUGGCUAUUUCCUGUGUCCCUGCCCUCUACAGCAUGUUUGUGUAAGUAUAAAUGCACCCCCUCUGAACCCAACCGCCUCCCAAUAGCUGUAAUAGAGCCAUUUGCAGCCACAAUUGUUGUUCGCUGCUGGCACAUCUUGUGUCUUAAAUCUGACUGUGGGGACUUAAUGUGCUCCUUUGUGCAAAACUGCUUGCCCCCGCCUCUGAAAAAGGGAAACCCAGAAGGGCUGGCCAAAGUAUAGUGAAAAACCAACACUAUGUGGCUUACAAGAUAUGCACAUGGGCAGUCAAUGACCAAGGUCCUUGCAAUGAAGGACAUGACGACAGAAUUAGAGAAUUAAGAGCCUAAAUGACUGGCUGCUCCAUAAAGAAUGGAGGGUUAAGUAGAGAGUUUUGAAACCAUUAACGCAGUAGGCUUGGUAGGGUCUGCAGCUCAGUGUUGGAGAAUGUGCUCAUCAUGCCUGGAACCACCAAUUUAAAAAUUAUUUUGCGAUGGGAAGAACUCUGUUCAUCUAAAGCAGGGGUGAAGAACCUGUUGCCCUCCAGAUAUUCCUGAACUACAACUCCCAGCAGCCCCAGCAAAGUUAGCCAAAGGCCAGCAAUGAUGUUGUCCUCCACUAUCUGGAGGGCCAAAUGUUCUCCACACCUGAUCUUGGACAGCUUGGUGUCAGUCUGAGUAGGCAGUUCUGAGCUAGAAGGACAAAUGGCCCGGCUCUGUAAAAGACAAUUUUACACUGCUCCCUCAUCUGAGUGAGAGAAGUAACUGAGCAAGGAUCCCUUUCCUGUUAGAUCUGAAGUUUUCCCCCCCCCAAAGAUCUUCUUAUGGGUUUGGAGGGUCAGUAUGGAUGAUACCCAUGGGGUCCUUUCAAAUCUUAUGUCUGUGGUCUUAGAAUCUAUGAGAGGGAACCUGCUGAAUCAGUCAGAUUAGUCUCUUUGUUAAAGGCCUUGGUUGGACAGUUAAGUAGUGCAAUUUGCAUAGGAUAAUAGAAUCAUAGAGUUGGAAGGGACUCCGGGGGGUCAUCUAGUCCAACCCCUGCAAUGCAGGAAUCUCAAGUAGAUCAUACAUGACAGAUGGCCAUCCAGCCUACCCAAAGAGGAGACAAAUGAGUGAGCCUUUUCCAACCUCAUCUUGCUGGAGGUCGUCGUUAUCCUUGUAGCUGUUUCAACAGACAACUGGCCCUGCAGAAGCUGGCAAUAUUUUCAUGGUAGCUUUUGAUGCUUUUCAUUUGUGUUAACCUUGAAGUUGCCCUUCACACCUGCCGCUGCCAAUUCUUCCGCUUUAUCCCUGCUCUCUCUCUCCUCCAGUUUGCCUCCUUCGAAGGCCUGUGGUCCAUUCCGGGGGGAGCCCACUAUGUGGAACACUGUCAGCAGUGCUAUCUCUGAGUUACCCCGCACUGCCCGGGACUUCUUUGGAUAUGUGGGCUCCAUAGCAUUUGCUGUGCCCUUGUUCCUGCUAUUGAGGUGAGAAGGAGCUAGGUAUCGGAAUGGGAUGCUAGUGUGGUAAGGUUCAGGUAUGGAUUUGAGGAGUAAAAGAGAGAGGUCUUCUGAGUCCAGAGUCCGUCUUGUGGAAUGGAAAACACUGAUUUAUUUAAAUUCUUUUUACCCCAUUGUUAAGGUGCAAAAGACACUCAGCAUGGCUGUUUACAAUGAUCACUAGUAAGAUGGCCCCUCUCCUCAGGUUUACAGUCUAAAGAGCACAGCACAAAAGGAAAUAAAAUUGGGAGGGAGGAGGAAAAAAACCAAACACAGGUGCUAGUUUUAAGUUACAAAGUUCUUUGGGGUUCUUUUGCUGUGUGGGGAAGCAAGCUCUCUAUGGUUGAUCCUUCUCUGGUUGAUCCCCUCCUUGCUAUUCUUCUUUUUGGGAUAUGGAGGGAGCAGCCUCACAGCGCAAUGGUCCCCUGAUGGCAGAGACCAUUGUGUGCUGUCUUUCACCUGUAUAAUCUCAGGGGAACUGCAGUGCCAUUGCCACCUGUCUCCUCUCAUCUGUCUUUUUUCUUUUUAAACCUUCCUAGCAUCCUCAUGUUCUUCCUCAAGGCACUGGCUGACUCCUACAGCUCUGUGGUCAAAGGCCUUAAAUGGCAGCUCCGUUUGGUAAGUGGUUCCUAACAGGUUGGGAUGGCCAGUGUGAUGCCUUUCAGGUGGUUUGGACUGCAACUCCCACCUUCCCCAUCCAGCAUGGUCAAUGGUGAGGGAUGAUGGGAGUUGUACUCCAACAAUAUCUGGAGGAUCCCACAUUGUCCACAUCUGACAAGGGUCACAGUUAAAGAAUGGGUGGGUAGUGCAAUCCACUCUCAAUCAAUUUUAUUCUAUUUAGCCAAAGGCCUUUACAAUGGACGACAGAGAAUAAAAGGAAACUUUAAUCUAAAAUCAUAAAAUGUAACCUGUAGCAGUUUACAGCAUCAAAAGAAAUUUACAACAUAAAAAUUUAAGAUUGGAGUGCAUUCACAGAGCUGGAACGGAGCUUCUUGGCUGCCAGUGCAAAUUUGGCUACCUGGUGUGUAAUAUAUAGAUGUUUAUCUGCUAUGAGUUCCACUGUCACUUCCUGUGCGGAUCGACCUGGAAGCCAAUUAAGAAUUGGCGAUAUAAAUUUUCCUCCAGGCGUUGUAUACAAGGGGCAAAUCCAGCGUUGACAGGUUCAAAUUGGCAGACUCAGAGGAGGAAGAGAUUAACAGUGUGGUGCACACAUUGAUAAAUGUUUUGGAAACUGAGAUAAUUUCCUCUCUGUUAAUUCUGUUAUCAGUGGCCACCAAAAAAGUUCAGUGGGAGAGAUUCAGUCUCUGGCUUCGUUGAUAGUAGGGCUGGGAAUACAAUGGCCACUAAAGCAUCAGUCAAAGAGAAGACACUGCUUUGCAUAAAGUUUACACAUGCAUAGAUCAGAGGUGAAAAAUAUCUGUCAAAUGCAACCCUUCAAGCCUCUCUCUGGUCCUCAAGUCUCUUCCCCAGGCCACCGCACACACUUACCCUGGCUUUUGACACUUGAGGUGUAUGCUUUUAGGACUCAACUUACUAUCUUCUGCCAGUAUCAGGAGGAAACCUCUGCUGCCAGCCACAAUAACCAGUGUGAUGCUAGAAUAAUCUAACUUGCUAUUCAGCAGUUUCUUUAAAGAUGUCCGUCCCAUCACUAUCCUGGUUGUGUGUUGAGGGGGGGGGGGAGAGAUGGGGGAGAGAGAGAGAAAUUGUGGUAGGUGAACUCCAUCCAAAAUGGAGGGAGAGGGGAAAGGAAACCUAGUAGCAUCCUCUUACCAUCAUUUCCAAAGUUGAGGGGCGAAUUUUAUUUCUUCUCCCUCUUAGAAGAAAGGCAGAUCUCAUUUUUUUUUAUUAAAAAGGAAGAUUAAAUGCUGAAAUAUGUUAGUGAUUAUAUGGGCUCCUUCACUCAGUGCAGAAUAGGAGAGAUGAGGAGAUAAAUGCCAUUGUUUUUAAUUUUCUCUUUCUGUCCUUCAGGAGGGUCAGGACAAACUUUUCCUGGUGAAACAGAUCUCUGAGCUGAGCCAGUGAAGCAAAUGGAUGCAUAAUGAGAGAUCUCUUCUUCUCAUCAGAAAGAAUGUUAGGAUAUCACUGAUUUUGGCAGUAUUGCUUCUGCAGAUUCCAUCAGCUCUGUUCUUCGAUGCUGGAUCCCCUGGCUUUUUCACCAUUCUUCAUAGACAGGACUCUGACCAAUUUUGCUCUAAGACAAAUGUAUUGUUAUGUUUUAUGGGUGCCAGAAUGGUCCCAUGUACACAGAUCCUUGACCCAGGUUUGAAGUGAAAUGCUGCUAGAUAUGUAACUGAAACAAGAAACAAACACCUGUUGGGAAUUAGACUUCAGUGCUGCAAUGAACCAGAGAACCAUAGCUCAGUGGUAGAGCACCUGCUUUGCAUGCAAAAUAUCUGAGGUUCAAUCCCUGACAUCUUUGGGUAGGACUGGGGAAGAGCCUGGUCUUAAAACAUGGAAAGCAACUGACAGACAGUGUAGACAUUACUGGGUAGAUGGAUUGAUGGUGUGGUCUUGCCUUAAAUCCUGGAAAUAGGGUUGCCAUAUUUCAAGCAGUGAAAAUUUGGACGGAAAAGUUGGCAAAGUUGUUGGACAUAGGGCAACCCUACCUGUAAAGCUACAGUUCAGUCAGUACAGACUCACUAGACUAACUUGGAAGAAGGCCGCUUCCUGUGUUCCUAAUAGCUAGAAAAUAUGUGCCCCCCCCGAACAAUGUUUCAAUAUAUG